CCCGCAAGGCGUCGGCAGGCGGGUUGUAUAGUGAUUUUCUAUCGCGAGAUUAUGCAGACAAGUACCGUGAGCGCGCGUUGUGUGUGCGCAGCCGGUCAGGGGCCUGCAGCCGUCUGAGUGUCACAGAGAGAGCAGCAGGCAAAGAGUGGGAGGGAGCAGGGUGUGGGGCCCCGGAGCCGAAUAGAAGCUACUCCGACGACUCUUGUCACUCGAACACCGGAGUGGUGGUUGGAACCAAGAAGGUUACGUGAUAGUAAAGUGCCCGGGGCUGGGAAGGGGAGGGAAUGAAGAUGGCGGACGCCAAGCAGAAGAGGAACGAGCAGCUGAAGCGCUGGAUCGGCUCAGAGACUGACCUGGAGCCUCACGUCAUCAAGAGGAAGAAGACGAAGGUGAAGUUCGAUGAUGGCGCUGUCUUUCUGGCUGCUUGUUCCAGCGGGGACACGGAGGAGGUUCUCAAGUUGCUUGACCGUGGAGCUGACAUCAACUACGCUAAUGUGGACGGACUCACAGCUCUGCACCAGGCCUGCAUUGAUGAUAACAUAGAUAUGGUCAAAUUUCUUGUGGAACAUGGAGCCGGUAUCAAUCAACCAGAUAAUGAAGGCUGGAUACCACUACAUGCUGCUUCAUCCUGUGGAUAUCUUGACAUAGCAGAGUAUUUAAUUAGUAAAGGAGCCGACGUAGGAGUAGUAAAUAGUGAAGGUGAUACUCCUCUGGAUAUUGCAGAGGAAGAAGCCAUGGAGGAACUUCUUCAAAAUGAAGUUAAUCGUCAAGGUAUCGAUGUUGAGGCAGCUAGGAAGGAAGAGGAAAGGAUUAUGCUGCGAGAUGCAAGACAGUGGCUAAAUAGUGGGCAAAUUAAUGAUGUCAGGCAUUCAAAAUCUGGAGGUACAGCUCUUCAUGUAGCUGCUGCUAAAGGUUAUACAGAAGUUUUAAAACUUUUAAUUCAAGCAGGUUAUGAUGUUAAUGUAAAAGAUUUUGAUGGCUGGACUCCGCUACACGCAGCAGCUCACUGGGGUAAAGAAGAAGCUUGUAAAUUCCUUGUAGAAAAUUUUUGCAACAUUGAGGCUGUCAACAAAGUGGGUCAAACGGCAUUGGAUGUUGCAGAUGAAGAUAUCUUAGGCUAUUUGGAAGAGCUCCAAAAGAAGCAAAAUCUGCUGCUUAGUGAAAAACAGGAAAAGUCACCAUUAAUUGAAUCUUCAACUACAGAAAAUAAUCAGUCCUUGAAAACGCUAAAAAAUAAAGAAACCUUAAUUAUUGAGCAAGAGAAGACUGUGUCAACUAUUGAUUCUCAUGAACAAGAGAAGGCUGACGAGGAAGAUGAAGGCAAAAAGGAUGAAUCGAGCUGUUCUAGUGAGGAAGAGGAGGAGGAAGACUCGGAGUCUGAGGCAGAAACAGACAAAACAAAAUCUUUGCCACCUGUGAACAACUUGAACAGUAAUAGUAUACAACAGGCCAGUGUUACUGCAAUGUCGUCUACAGUGCAUUCUGGGCAAGUCACACCUACAUCACCAGCGAAAAAGUAUGAAUUCAUUACACCUUUUAUGCCAGUGGUUGAAACCAUGCAUCCUACAUCAUGGAGACAGGGCUUGCGCAAAACUGGCAUUGUACUUGUGCCAAGUAAAGGUGACCAGUCUCUGUUUCCAACUCCACCAAACAAAAUUUCUCCAAAAGAAGAAGAGAGAAAAGACGAAUCUCCGGCCUCCUGGAGACUAGGGCUUCGUAAGACUGGAAGCUAUGGUGCAUUAUCCGAAAUUACAGCUUCAAAAGAAGCACAAAAAGAGAGAGAUUUCACUGGUGUUAUGCGCUCAGCCUCAAGCCCAAGGCUUUCCUCAACUAUAGACAACAAAGAAAAGGAAAAAGAUGGUAGAGGAGCCAGACUCGCAUAUGUUGCUCCAACCUUUCCAAGACGUCUUGCAAGUACAUCGGAUAUUGAAGAAAAAGAAAAUAGAGAAUCAUCUUUAGGUUUUUUACGUGGCAGCAGCUCUUAUACAAGAAGAAAAUGGGACGAGGAUUUUAAGAAAAAUACUUCUGUUAAUGAACUUCUAAAUACAAGUUAUCAGAGAAGUUCCUCAUUUGGUCGACGGCAAGAUGAUCUUGUUUCAAGUAUACCUCCAGAGUCUACAGCAACUGUUACCUCUAGUGGGCUUGCCCGAAGUUAUUCUAGCACUAUUAAUAGUGGCAGAUCUACAGUGGGGUCUUCUUCAGGCUUACCUAUUAGUACCUCAAAUCGUUUUUGGGCAGAUGAUAGUUCUGAAAAGGAUAAGGACACUGUCUCUACUGCAGUCACUAAUCCUGUUGCACCAACCAUUCUAAAUACCACUUCUACUUCCACAACUUCUACUGGUACUGUCCCAUCCUCAGCAGAAGUCAGAGAAAGACGCAGGUCAUAUCUCACUCCAGUUCGUGAUGAGGAAUCUGAAUCCCAAAGAAAGGCUAGGUCAAGGCAAGCCAGGCAGUCAAGAAGAUCAACACAGGGUGUUACAUUAACUGACCUACAAGAGGCAGAAAAAACAAUUGGCAGAAAUCGCCCAACUCAGACUAGGGAGCAAGAGAAUGAAGAGAAAGAGAAACAGGAUAAAGAAAAACAAGAAGACAAAAAAGAAUCUGAAACAAGAAUGGAUGACUUCAGGCAAAGAUAUCUGCGUAGUUCAGAAGAGACUACACAACGAUAUAGGCCUUCAUUAGCUACAAGUACCACUCCAUCAACGAUUUCCCUGUCCUCUUCCAGUAGUUCAAUUUAUACGUCAAGUCAACUGAACCGGCCGAAUAGCUUAACUGGUAUAUCCUCUUCCUACUCACAUUUGUCAAGGAUUUCAUCAAAAGAUCCUGUGAAAGACAAACUGGAUGGUGAAAAGAAAGAAGAAGAUAAAGAAUCUGAAGAUAAAUCUCAGUCUAAAUCCAUCCGAGAAAGACGGCGACCAAGGGAAAAAAGAAGGUCUACAGGCGUAUCAUAUUGGACCCAGGAUAGUGAUGAAAAUGAGCAAGACCAUCAGUCUGACACAGACGAGGGCACCAACAAGAAUCAGACUGACACAUUUUCAAGGUACACCACUGGCCCUUCUUCUGCAAUAUCAACCGAUCGAUAUGAUUCAAUUAUUGGCCAAUCUGGAACGUAUAGUUUCUUGGAAAGUAGAAGACUUCUCAAUAGACUAGACAGAGAAGAUUUAACAGAUUACAAAAAGUUAUAUGAACAGAUCAUAGCAGAAAAUGAAAAACUAAAAGCCCAGUUGCAUGAUACCAACUUGGAACUGACAGAGCUAAAGUUGCAGCUUGAAAAGGCUACUCAGAGGCAAGAACGAUUUGCAGACCGAUCCUUGUUAGAAAUUGAAAAAAGGGAACGAAGAGCUCUAGAAAGAAGGAUAUCUGAAAUGGAAGAAGAACUUAAAGUGAGUCCAAACAAGGAGACCAGAUGUCGUCAAACAGGUGUUCUUCUUUAAGUCUGUACACCAAGAUGUUACCUGACUUAAAAGCAGACAACCAGAGGCUAAAGGAUGAAAAUGGGGCCUUAAUCCGAGUUAUAAGCAAACUUUCCAAAUAGUCCAAGGUUUCCUGCAGCAGCGAUUUAAUGAAAUUGCACGUAUACAGUUCCAGUGGACCUUAGCGUGGCAGUCACUGGAUUUAUGGGGGGACUAUUCCUUGGCAACAGUAACUCUGAAAUUCUGCCAAACUCCCUCUUACCUGAAUUUAGCCCAUUUUGUACAAAAAACAAAACAAAAAUAAAAACACUUUUGUAUUACAGCACAGCUGCUCAGAAGAGAAUGACUAUAAAUUCUUGUUUACAAAUACGAAGUGCAAGGAAAGUGUUCUAGGCCAGACGCCUCCAAUAUUUAACCAGUAAGCCUUAGUUGUACAUAGACGUCUUGAAAUCAAAACACUUUCUGCUUUCACAGCAGACAGUUAACUUUUGUUUUGUGCCACACAUUUUUGUUUCACCCCCCCACACCUUUUAUUUUUAUAGAUGUUGAGCUUUUAACUUAUCCCAUCAAUGAGUGUGCCAGUGUAUUACCUAUAACACUGUCGUGACAGCUUAUUGGUUUCUAGUAGCUAUACUUGUUCCAGAUAACCUGGAGCUUACUAGGACGCUAGCCUUCCGUUGAUCACUUUGGCUACUCAGAUGUUAGAUUGCCAGUUGCAUUAUUUGUGCAAUAGCAUUAUUUCUGUGUAUAAAGCUAGCACUAUUUUUUUUUUUUUCCUUCUAACAAUCACUGUUUUAAACAAAUUCUAUUAAGUACUUAUUCCUUUCACACUCAUUUUAGCAGGUACUGAGUGACUUUGUAUGCGUGCGUGUAUGUGUCCGCGUGUGUGUGUAUGUACAUAUAAAUAUAUAUAUAAAUAUUUGUGUGCUUGCAUAUAUAUAUAUAUAUAUAUAUAUAUAUAUAUAUAUAUAUAUAUAUAUAUAUAUAUAUAUAUAUAUAUAUAUAUAUAUAUAUAUAUAUAUAUAUAUAUAUAUAUGUGUGUUACAAUACUGUAUUGUGUCCAAACCACUGUGUGGCAUGCUCAAAUCAACUUCCGCAAUGUCUGUUACUCCAGAUUGUUCCUGAAUUGUAAUCUUAAUAAAGUUCAGUAAUUUUUAUGGUAUAUUGUCUAUUUUAUGGAGGUGUGACUUUAGAGAGAUAUAUAUGUAAAAUAUUCUGGUUUGCUAUUUUUAUUUUAAGUCACCGUUAUUAAAAAUAUUACUGUUCACUACAUUUCAUAUUUCUUUGAGUGCCGUCAUUUGUGCUAGCCAAAGUAUUGGCACUAAGUGUAUCUCCUCCCCACCAUCCAUAUCCAUGAUUCUGUUUGUUCCUUUUAAUACUGUUAAUUUAAAUCUAUGAUUUUGUUUGUUCCUUUUAAUAUGCACUGCUGCCAGAGCAAGGCAAUGUCAUAUGAACCCCCAAUGAUCCAGAGCCUCUCUGGUGCCUCACUUGUUCAUUACCAACAUCUUUCUUUUUACAUUUCAGUGGCCUUUUUGCAGAAAGUAACCUACAGUCUAUAAAUAUGUGUAUACAGCAAAGCAAUUGUUUUUUGUUAGAUGGCUUUUUCUAUUCUCGCCAGUCCAUGGAAAGUGAUAAUGAAAUUAUCGGCACAUGAACUCCUCUACUGAAGCAGCGCUGCCAUGAAUUUGAACCUGUAAAUUGUAAAGCUUUCAGCAGCUGUUGUAUUGUCGAUUAUAAUGUAAAGUAUAUUAUAUGUGAAUUUGUACCCCUCUCCUUUAUUGGAAAAAAAGAUCGUUGUGAUCUACCGCCUAUUUUGGUGGGUUUAGUUUUCAGUAAUACUGUACAAGCUUGAUGUCCUCCUGUUCAGUUAACGCUGUUUCAUGGAGAUGCACAGUCUCGCUCUUGCUCCCAACCUCAGAAUUCUCGCUUCUGUUUUUUUUUUUUUUUUUUUUUUUUUUAAAAAGGUACAAAACUAGAUGUGGCUUUUUGUUGUAGUCAUUUUGAUAUGUAUGUGGGUCAUUUGGGAUCUGUAUAAAAGAAUGCAAAGGUAAAUAAGUGUACAGCAAAUUCCAAGAUUUGCAAGACAAUAUGUAAUAAAAAAAAGUAAUUGUAUUAUGCAUUAUAUUUGGUAAAGCCUGGGUGUCUGUGAAGAAUGAUGAACUAUUUCUAAUGUAGUAUUUUAUUUUUAGGUUAUUUAUUCUUUAUAUAAAAGAGGAUGGUUACUGUGCUUCUAUGGUUUUAUUGGCCGUACAGAGAAGGCUUUUGCAUCUGCAUGAAACUAGUUUCAAACCUUUUUUUUUUUUUCUUGGAGAAAAAAUGUAUUUUGACAUAUACAAAUAAAAACGAAUAAAACUA